AGCCGGAGCCGGGGCCGGGGCCGAGGCGGGGCCGCGCUGCCCUGAGCCUCCCCUCCCCGGGGCCGGUCCCGGUCCCGCCCGUCUCCCUGCAUUCCCUGCUGCAGCCCCCCCGCCCCCGGCAGCCUCCUCCCCUCAAUCCCAGCAGUAGCGGCGGCUCCCGGGCUCGGCUCCCCGCGCUGCGGCGGCGCUCGGCGGCGGCUCCCCCCUCCCCAGCCGCGCCGCCAUGUUGGGCUGCCGCGAGCUCGGCGGCGGCUGCUGCGUGUGAGCGAGGCCGGGUCAGGCUGAGGGGAGGGCGCCGGGCUGAGGGGGACGGCGAUGAGGGAGGGAGGGACGGACGGAUGGUGCCCGCCGCCCCUUGGCGCAGCAUCGCAGGACCGCUUGGCGAUUGAACCUUCGCCUUCCCUGAAGCGCUGACAAGCCUCGGGAGCAUGCCCGGUAAGCAUCAGGAGCAAGAGGAGGAAAGGCAAAGCUCCCCGCGACAGCACGAAGUAAUUUUUGAACGAAGUAAUGCUUAAAACAGACCCCCCGAUGCAAAGCGAAACAGCCAUGUCUGGAGAAGUGCGCCUGAAGCAGCUGGAGCAGUUCAUUCUGGAUGGGCCGACCCAAAGCAACGGGCAGUGCUUCAGCGUGGAGACCUUGCUGGAUAUCCUCAUCUGCCUGUACGAUGAGUGCAAUAACUCCCCGCUGAGAAGAGAGAAGAACAUCCUCGAGUAUCUGGAAUGGGGACCUUUCCUUAGGUUCUUUGAACAUGCCCUUAAGAUCAAUGGAGAAAUUGCUGCUUUCACAAGUGUGCCCUGUGUUGCAUUUUUGCAGGGUAAUACAAAGGUAAAUAACUGUUUGGUUCAACUUUGUGUUUGCCUCAGGCCAGUCUGCCUUUACAGAAGUAAAUAGCUCUUUUUACUGACUGAAUCAGGCUAUUUUAGCAAAUGUGUGUGUCUUCUCUUGUUCCAAGUCACCUACUACGACAGCCAACUGCAAAUAGUAUCAGGGUAGGAGUGAGGCAAAGUGAAACUGUGUUUGCACAGUGAUCAACUGAGUGAGAAGUAAACAAGGAUGGUGGAAGAGAUGCCUGGUUUUAAAAGUUGGGAGAAAAUCUCCAAAGGCAGAGGUGAUUGUGUAAGGAGAAAUAGCCUUAUAGAAAUACAGGAUCCUGUGCUCCCAGCUUCAUCCUAGCCCUCCAUGCUUGCUAGAGUUAGAGGGGGACAGCUAGCUCUGUGUCCUCGUGGCUCGAGCACUCCUAAUAGUGUUUUCCCACAUCAUUGCCAGCAGUGCAGACAAACUCACAAUUUAGACCCAUCAGCACGGAAAUCUGCAUCCUCUCUGAUUUAUCUGCUUACUUGGGAAUGGCUGGGCCAUGCUGAGAGCUGAGUGCAGACCAUUCGGAUGAAUUCCUCGUCACCCCUGGUUGUUGUUUUUUUUUUUUUUUUUUUGUGUGAUGGCAUAAGCCUCCCUGGCUGGGGUUUGUCUGAUGCAGUAUUGCAGUGGUAGGGAGUAAACCCAGCUAUAGGGGCGUCUUGAUUUUCCCCUGCUGGUGAUUUCUGUGGCGGGUAUCCUCUAAUUUUGCAUGAGGCAGAGGUAUGCAUUUGCAUUUGUUCUGUUUGAUCCGUGUAACUCAGUCUAAUAAAAAGCAUUAAGAUCUGCUGACUCUUUGAAAUAGUUAGCAGCUUUGUUCAUGUCUCCAAGCUACCAGUCUUCCCAGGUCUGUCAGUGAUCAGACGCUCAUUCGAUGCCUGAAUGUGUAGCAUGCUGAUAGUUGCUCUCCAUGAAGUAGUUGCUUUCCUGCAGGCCUGAGUUGCUAGUUAGAUAAGACUGCUAAGGACUUGUUGGCAAAGGGGUGUUUUAUAAUUUUUCUCUCUUACUACUUUCCGUGUUCACAAGUGGUUACUUGGCACGAGUGUUGCACAUCUAUGAAGUGUUGGUUUGUUGUUUGUGUCUCCUCGCUGUCUUUUGGGGCCCAAAAUAUUUUUCCAGAGAAUUGUGCUGUUUGGGACUGUUUUUGCAAAUAACCUUCUAUUUGGUGAUGACUCAUACAUAUAUAAACAGGAGAAAAAAAAAAAAAGAAAAAAAAAAGAAGAACAAUUAGUAUGACCUUCAUCAAUAUUGAAUUGUGGAUGAAAUGGAUAAAAUGUCUUGAAAAACUAACUGGGACGUGCAGCUCUUUUGAAGCCGUGUGCAAAUUCUGCCAUCUCUAGUUAAGAAUCACAGUGGGCAGAGAAGUCUUUUGUCUUUUUGCUGCCUCCAGUGCAAGGAAAA